AUGCGCCAGUACUCUCGCGCAGCUGUCGCUGCUCUGGCAGCAGCCACUGCCAACGCGGCCUCUCUCUCCGAUAUCUGCACUGUCUCUAACGUCCAGUCUGCCCUUCCUUCCAAUGGCACUCUCCUCGGUAUCGACUUGAUCCCCUCUGCCGUCACUGCCAACACCGUCACCGACGCCUCCGCCGGCAUGGGCAGCACCGCUACCUACGACUACUGCAACGUCACCGUCACCUACACCCACACCGGCAAGGGUGACAAGGUCGUCGUCAAGUACGCCUUCCCCGCCCCCUCCGACUUCGAGAACCGCUUCUACGUCGCCGGUGGUGGUGGCUUCUCCCUCUCCAGCGACGCCACCGGCGGUCUCGAGUACGGUGCUGCCUCCGGUGCCACCGAUGCCGGCUACGACGCCUUCUCCUACAGCUACGACGAAGUCGUCCUCUACGGCAACGGCUCUAUCAACUGGGAUGCCACCUACAUGUUCGGCUACCAGGCUCUCGGCGAGAUGACCAAGAUCGGCAAGCCCCUCACCCAGGGCUUCUACGGCCUCUCCACCGACCAGAAGAUCUACACCUACUACGAAGGCUGCUCCGACGGUGGUCGUGAAGGUAUGAGCCAGGUUCAACGCUGGGGAGAUGAAUACGACGGUGUCAUUGCCGGUGCCCCGGCCUUCCGCUUCGCCCAGCAGCAGGUGAACCACGUCUUCCCCGCCACCAUCGAACACACCAUGGACUACUACCCUCCCCCUUGUGAACUCGAGAAGAUCGUCACCGAGACCAUCUCCGCCUGCGACCCUCUCGACGGCCGUACCGACGGCGUCGUCUCCCGUACCGACCUCUGCAUGCUGGAAUUCAACCUCACCUCCCUCAUCGGCACCUCCUACUACUGCGCCGCCCAGAACUACACCUCCCUGGGCUUCGGCUUCAGCAAGCGCCAAGCCCAAGGCAGCUCCACCAGCUACCAGCCCGCCCAGAACGGCACCAUAACCGCUGAGGGUGUUGCCCUGGCCCAGGCCGUGUACGAUGGUCUGCACGACUCCGAGGGCAACCGCGCCUACCUGUCAUGGCAAAUCGCCGCGGAGCUCUCCGACGCCGACACCACUUACGACUCGACCACCGACUCCUGGACCCUCGACAUCCCCUCCACCGGCGGCGAAUACGUCACCAAGUUCGUCCAGCUCCUCAACAUCGACAACCUCGAGAACCUCGACAACGUCACCUACGACACCCUCGUCGACUGGAUGAACACCGGCAUGAUCCGCUACAUCGACAGUCUGCAGACCACCGUGGUCGAUCUGACUGAUUUCCAAAAGGCCGGUGGAAAGAUGAUCCACUACCACGGAGAAUCCGAUCCCAGUAUCCCCACCGCCUCAUCGGUGCACUACUGGCAGGCUGUCCGUCAGGCCAUGUACCCUAACGUGACCUACACCGACUCCCUCAAGCAGAUGUCCGACUGGUACCAGCUGUACCUGAUCCCGGGUGCUGCCCACUGCGGAACCAACUCCCUCCAGCCGGGACCGUACCCUGAAGACAACAUGGAGAUCAUGAUCAAUUGGGUCGAGAACGGUGUUAAGCCUUCUCGUCUUAACGCCACCGUCUCCUCUGGUACGUAUGAGGGUGAGACCCAAAUGCUGUGCCAGUGGCCCUCUCGCCCUCUCUGGUCUAGCAACUCUACCUUUUCUUGUGUGCAUGACCAGAAGUCCCUCAACACUUGGGAUUACACCUUCGAUGCUUUCAAGAUGCCUGUCUUUUAA